AUGCAGGAUACAUUAAGCAACAUGGAUUUGGUAAAACGCACCAAAUCAAAGGUGGGCUGUCUACAAAAUCUGAAAGGCCAGCAGCUCUACAGACAACUCCUCAACAAUGCCACCUGCAGUCUCACCUUCUCCAAAGAUGUUAUAUGGGAGAUGGGGUCAGACAGUAUACCUUACAGUCAAGCUGACUUCCACUGGCUUUUCAGUGCCUCUGGACCUCUGGCACCAAGUCCCAAGCCAAAGAGCACAGGGAUAAAAUCAAUGAAAGGUAUCCCCCUUCAUCAAUCACCUCAGGAUCCUGCAAAGAAGAGAGGCUUCAGAGACCCUCCCUCUAUGCUCCCUGAAUUACAAAUAUCCCAUCUUGCGCCAUUGACUGCCAAAGACUCCUUUACACUACCUAGCCACCAGGGGGGGCUCUUGGAUUCCUUUAAAAGGACAGGACUACGAGGAGUUUCUAACGUUUACAAUUGUCUCGAGGAAGCAUCUACAGGAGGCAGGGAGGACCGUUUAAAGAGCUGCCACUGGGAUGAGUUUGUGCUAAAGAAGCUGACCAAGACCACAGCCCAGUGGAUAGUGAGUCAACAGAUUCCAAACCAGUGCCAGAAUAAGACUCGGCUACAGUCACUGCUGAGGAGUCAGUAUGGUUCAGCCAGCGCCACAGAUCUAGUCAAUGAGGAGCCCAUGUGUGAGGAGGAUUUCUGCAGUUACCAAGAUCUCCACAAGCAGACUGAGAAGCAGCAGGCUCUUCAGAGCAGCAAGGCUGAGACACCUCUUCCAGUAUACUACAGGGUGCAGGGCUACUCUCUUCCCCCUGCAUGUUCUGAUGAGCCUGGGGGUAUGAACCAGACUGCCAACACUGUAGCAGUCAAGCACAUUGAAACCCCUCAACCUCCUCGUCUUCAGGAUAGCCUCAACCCCCGUGCUGGAAGCCAUGUCUUGCACACAGAGAAUAACUUUGAACAGGAGAUAUUUUCUGGAAUAGCCAAACAGGUACAUCAGCGAGAUCCACGGAACCACGAUCGCAUCAUCAUGGACAACAAUUCAGAGUACCAAAAGAACCUUCAAGACUUUUUCCCCUGUGGUCCAGAUAAGUGGACAAAGGCUUCAGCAGAAACCAUGCACAAUGAGACACAAGGAAUGCGACGGGUGGAGAAAGGCACUCGGCGGUGGGUGGACCUGCCUACCACUGCUGACUAUGCCACAGAGUUGGGUCUGAGACCUCCUGACUACAGCGGGAAGGACACAGAGGUGCCCAGACAGCAACCCCACUACAACCCUAUGGCCGAGCUCUCCUCCUUACGUUACGCAGUGGAGGGAUGGAGGAGUGCCUGGAAGAUCAAGAUCACCUGGCAGAGUGUGACUAUUGAAGGGUUGAAGAGGGCCCUUAAAGACCUGCACUACCACGUUCGUCUGUCAGCCAUAGCCACUUGUGCAUCAGGGGCAGUGAACAGACCGAGGGAAAAGCAACAUCCCACUGAUGCAGGUCAGUAUGGCCGUGUGUGGGACAUCCAGCCAGUUCCUCAGGAGCUCCAGCCUCUUCUUCUCCUGGCUCUGGACGACCCUGUGAAGAGAGUUCAGAUGGCAGCAGCAGUGUGCCAGUACGCCAUGGGGACGCCAGACUCCCGAGCCCGCGUAAUCCUCCGCAAUGCACUAUAUCAAGACUCUGCAGGUGUAGGUGCAGACAGCUGGGUGGCAGCACAGUGCCUGGCCGUGGAGGGGGAUUACAGUCGGCCAGUCAUUCAGAGACUUCUCUCCCAGCACUUUGUCAGUGAGGUUCACACAGAUAAUAAACAGUCAGCCGCUCUACUUGCCAGCAUCAGUAGCAAGACAACUCUAGUUCGCUCUCUGCUGGCUGAGGAGUUGAAUUGUGCCAACUGGAGGACCAGACUCUUGGCUUGCAACGCUAUCUCCCAAUUGAAAGGACCAAUUAAUAAGGACCUUGCAAACAAGUUGAUCUACCUGAUGUGGAAUGACUGGAGUGGUAACGUGAAGCAGGCUGCAGCCCAGGCCCUGGGGAAACUAGGAAUGGGAAGAGAUGUGCACAACGAGCUGAGAAUGAAGCUUGAGGAAGGUCCUGCCUCCUGGAGGGUGGAGGCUCUCAUCCUCAUAGCUCAUCUACAGAUCAUGACUGCCAAGCUGCUGCCACCCUUCCUGAAAUGUUUCAAUGACAACUUUGUGGCCGUGAGGAAACAGGCCUGUCUGACUGCUGCAGCUCUAAUUAUGAAGUACAGCAUGGUCUUGAAUCAGCUGAUUCAGCUAACACAGAAUGACCCAGCAUGGGAGGUUAAAGUUGUUGCAAUCAGUGCUUUAGGGAAGAUAGGUUGCCUCACGCCGACCCUCCAGGACCACCUCCUCUGGGCUUUACAUCAUGAGGAGAAACCCCAGGUACGCAUCGCCGCCUGCCAGGCCCUAAAGAUCCUUAAAGUGAAGGGACCAGAGCUGCAGAACCUCCUACAGGAACGGUUUGUACUGGAACCCCACCCCCAGGUCCAUAGGCAUAUACAGGGGCUCCUCAAAAACUAUGGCUACAGUAUUGAUGGAGACAGGGGCAUGGUCCACAAAAUCAAAGAUCAGGUUCAGAGGCUAUGCACCAAGAGCAUCAUCACAGACAAAGUGCUGUUGAUGGAGGAGCUGGAGAACAUGUACCAGCAACAGAGGAAGUAUCUGGUAAAUGGGAGCCGGCCGGACACUACACCAAUAUCACAGCUGCUGCAGGAACGCUACAAAAGAAUUAAACAUUGCCCUUCCACAGUAAGGCCGACUCACUCCUCAGAUUCCUCUGUGACUCAGUCCUCCUCUAAAUGCACGCUUGAAUCAAGCCCUGUCAACAAAUCCUCAUCUGCUUAUCAAGAUCAUCAGCACUCAUCGUGUGACAGUGGAGAAACUUCAGCACUCCAAGAAAAUGAAGAUAAUAUUUAA